AUGAAAAAACAAAAUUAUCAUAAAAAUGGUGGAGCCAAAAAGAAACAUUUAACAUUUGACUAAAAAGUUAUGGUUUUAAAAAAAUUAGGACCAAAACCAUCAAAAUUAAGAAUUUAAGCUAUGGCAUAAUAAUAUAAUAUAUCAUCAUCAACAAUAAUGAAUUGGAUUGAAAAAGNAUAUAAAUGUGUAUUUGAUUUUAGAAUUUGUCGGUGGAGUAAAUGAUUAGAUAAUUUUUAGGGUUAAUUAUAUGCAGUCUUGUGGAAAUAACCAUAAAAGAAAUUUGAUGAAAAAACUUCAGCUAAGUUUAUACUUUAAUCAUGUCUUGCUUUAGAAAAUAUCCAUUCUAAAAAUAUAGUGCAUAGAGAUAUUAAACCAGAGAAUUUACUUUUAGAUGAAAAAUAAGAUAUUAAAUUAGCCGAUUUUGGAUGGUCUAAUUUUUUAAAGCCAAAUGAAAUAAGAUAAACAUUUUGUGGAACUUUAGACUAUUUAGCUCCAGAAAUGUUAGAAAAAUCUAGAUAACAUGAUCAUUCAGUAGAUAUAUGGGCUAUGGGUGUUUUAUGUUUUGAAUUAUUAACUGGUUUAAGUCCAUUUGCUCCAUAAAUUAAUAUAAAUAAUUAAACCUUUGUUGAAAAAACUACAAAAGACAAUAUAAUAAAUUUAAGAUUUUAAUUUCCUCCUACAUUUCCACCUUUAGCAUAAGAUCUUAUUAAAAAAAUAUUAGUCAAAGAACCAGGAAAAAGAUUUACUUGUUAAUAAAUUAAAGAACAUUAAUGGAUUGUUUGUAAUCAUCAGACAUAUAUUAGAAAAUACAUAACAUGUUAAAAUUCCGACUUCUUUGACCGUGUAAUAGGAAAAAAAAAUUGUUAAAAAUCCAGAAAUUGAAAAUCUAUAAAAAGAUGGAAAAUUGGCCUUUACCAAUGAUUAAAUCUACAGUUUUUCAAGACCUGAUUCAGUACUAUCAAAUUUAAUAAUUUCAGAUUAUCGUUAAAGAUUUCUUACAAGGAGAUAAUACUAAUAGUAAAUUAGUUGAAGCAUUGAAUAAUAAAAUGAAAGAAAAAGAGACCAAAAUAUAAAAUUUAGAAUUUGAAAAUUAAAAGAAAUAGCAAGAAAUCAAUGAACAUCUAUCAACUAUUGAAUUAAUGAAGAAAUCUGGAUAAGCUAACUAAGAACUUUAAUCUAUGUAACAUAAACUGAAGUUGUCAGAUGAAAGAUAUGCAUUCAUGAAAGCAUAAUAUGAAUAAUAAUUAUAAAAGAAUAUAGAAUUAGAAAAAAAAGUUAGAGAACUUGAAUCUUAAGUAUCUUUUUUGUUAUUUAUUUAAUAGAGUAAUUAAAUUGAAUAAAUGAAAGUCAAAAUGAAUAAAUAUAAAGAAGAGGCAGAAUCAUUUAAAGCAAGAGCAAAAAAAGCUGAGGAAUAAGUCUAAUAAAUGAUUAUCUCAGGAAUCAACGAAAAGGUUUUAUUUUCUUAUCAUUAUUAGGAAUUCCAAGAAUAACCUAAAUAAUAAGAGUAAGCAUCUAACGUUGAUGAUCUCUUAAAGAAAUUAUAAAACAAAUAUGAUCCGAAAUCAUGA